AAAAAAAAAAUUAAAAAAAAAAAAAGAGAGAGAGACAAAAAUAAUGGACUUAUUUUAAAAAAAAAAAAAAAAAAAUCUUGCACGUGACAGGAACUAAGCUCACGUGAUUGAGAUUCAUUAGGAGCGAGCGAGAGAAAGGGAGAAGAGAGAUUUAGCUGAGAAACUGUCAAUGGCGGUUGUGUUUUCCUUGCCGCUAAAUUUGGAGUUUGAUAAUUGAUUCAACCGAAAACAUACAAGAAAAUGGGAUCUUCCAAACGCGGCGCAGACACCACACGCACCCUCAGCGACCACACUCGCACCCUUUAUCAUCGUCUCCACCAAGCUCUCAACCUUGGAACCAGGUAUGGAACUAAAUGGCAGUGUGCUGAUAUUGAGAUACAACGACAUGUCAUUCGCUCUAUUGUGGCUUUUCUUGAUUCUAUUUCUAAAGAUUCUUUUCACCAGCCACUUAUUAAGGAUUCUAUUGGUGAUGUGGUUGAAGCAUUGGUAUGGAUUCUUGAAUGUAAAAACAUGGCUAUAUUGAGCAUGACAACAAAUGUGACCUUGAAAUUGGUUAGCAUUUUACCUUACUCAGUUCUACAGUCUUAUGUGUUAGAUCUUGUUAGUCCUUUGUCAUCCUUGUUAUCUUACCAUCAAACAGACGUUGCUACGUCAUGUGCCAAUGCGCUAAAUCAUGUUCUCUCGAAUCUGAGUAUUAAGAAUGAAAAGGCGGUUUGGGAUGUUCUCAAGAAAAGAGAAAGUGUACAACAUGUAAUUUGUAAUAUUCGAUCUUUCUCUAGAGGUACAUUGCCUUUUGAAAAGUUCCAGCAGAUGGCUUUGCUGUUAAGUACAAUACUACAGAGAUGGCCUCCAUCUAGAUUUCUUGUAUGGAGUGAUGCUAAUCUUAUGAGAACCUUACUUGACAUUCUUGUAAAGCCAGAUUUUUGUGAUAAAGUGGAAGUUUUGAAGUUACUUUCUUCCAUAGCUUUAUGUGGUAGUGGGGCAUUGAAGCUUCUGGAAAAUGGAGAAACCCUCUUGAAAAUGAUGGUGCAAUGCAUGAACAUGUCACAACCCCAAUCUGUUCGUAUGGAAGCAUUCAAGCUUGCCCAAUGCUUAGCUAUAAAUGAACAGAGAUUUUUCAAAAUGAUGAGCCUGUGUUGUGAACCUAUUAUUCAAGCCAUACUUUCUGAAAUGAGCAAGUGGAGCAAGAAAUCAGGAAAGGUUGCUGUUGAACGGAUAUCUUUGGUACAAGAGGCAUGUCUCUUGGCUCUAAUAACACGUUGGGGAGGGAAGCAUCAUAUCUAUUUUUGGGAACAUGGGAUCGACAAAGUCCUCAUUGGUCUUCUCCUAGAAAAUUCUCACAACAAGCUGCAUCAAAGUUGUUUGACAAUGGAAGAGGAGAUAUCUAUUGCACAGGAGGGUCUUAGCUCUUCUUAUAAUCUUGUUUUGAGGAAUUAUAUAUGGAAUAUUCUAGGAUGGCUUGCCAUAUACUGUGAGGAAGGCUUUAAUCCCGAGAUAAAUGGAAAUAAUCUUUACAUUGAUGUACUCAUUACAUGUUCAUGCUUGGCUUUUGUGGAUGCAAUUGAGAAACGACACAGAUUAUGUCAAAGUGUUACAGCUGAUAUCGUACGAAGUGAAUCAGCAACGCAGGCUGUUUUGAUGAUGAUUAACUCUCCCUGCAAAUAUAUUGCAAUAAAGGCAACAUUCAGACUAUCAGAAAUACUAAGGCCAAAUGGCAAAGACAUUUUGAAACAUUUGCUAUCUACCCUAGAGUAUGUAUCAUCCAGGAACAAUUUCGAUAGACUACAGAUCACCAUUUACUUAAUGGCUUUGGUAUGUUAUAUUGGUUUGCCAGAGUCUCGACAAUGGGUUCUUGAAUUUUCAGGGAUGAAUAUACUGCUAGGUUUCACAAGGUGGUGCUUAAGCAAAAGUAUUGAUUUAGAAAGGGUUAACUUUGGUCCUUAUUUGCAUAAUGCAUUUCUUGAGAAGGCUUGUUGCUAUGUUUCUUCAGAAGACUGGGGAGGCAAAGACCAUAUUAUGCUUUAUAGUUUGUGGGGGUUAGCUGAGUUGAUAAAGCAUUCUGGAUAUGCAGUAAAUAACCAAGAAAUAUCUUGCGGUAGUAUGAAGUAUAGUGUUACUGAACUGCUAAACAAUCUUCACGAGGUCUUUAUUGACACAUAUAGUUCUGGUGUUCGGUGGUUUGCUUCUUAUGUUCUUAGUUCUUUUGGAUUGUACGGUUUUCCAAAUAAAUUGGGAAAAAGAAUUGGCAAAGCACUUGGUGAGAACUAUCAUGCAGAUAUAAAACUCGUGCUUGCAAGUGGAGAAUGUUUGAGUGUUCAUGGUGUUAUUCUUGCUGUCAGAUGCCCAUCUCUAUUACCUUUUCAAGAGCUCCAUCAAAGAGACAAAAUAGCUAACUCUUCAGUACCAUGCCCUUUGGGAGAUGAUCUCAAGAAAGAAGUAAGAUUAUCUGCGCACGUUGAUCUCCAAGCAUUGUUGAAGUUGUUGGACUUUGUAUAUUUGGGAUAUUUAGAAACAGAUGAAGAACUAUUGACGAAGUUGAAAAGAAUUUCUAAAGGCUGUAAGCUCCAGCAUCUGCUACAAAUGCUUUGUAGGAAAAUUCCAAGAUGGGGCACUCCAUUCCCGGCUUCUAAUCUUUCUCUUGGUCUUGGCUCACUUGGACAUCAUUUUUCGGAUAUCAUAUUGGAAGCUAAAUCAACUGAAUUGCAAAGCUGGAGUUGUGAUAUUUGCCCUGUUUCGGUGCCACAUAUGCAUGUUCAUAAAGUUAUAUUAUCGACAAGUUGUGAAUAUCUGCGUGCUUUGUUUAACUCAGGAAUGCAGGAGAGCCACUCACAAACUAUUAAGGUUCCAAUUAGCUGGGAAGCACUGGUUAAAUUAGUAGCCUGGUUCUACACUGAUGAGAUUCCAAAUCCUCCAUCUGGAUGCAUAUGGGAGAACAUGAGUACUAAAGAGAAGCUAUAUGAGCUAGAACCAUAUGUUGAACUUUGUUGGCUUGCCGAGUUUUGGUUUUUAGAGAUUGCUCAGGAAGCCUGUUCAAACGUGAUUGUGUCUCGUCUUGAUUCAUCGAGAGAACUACCUAUUAAAAUAAUCCAAACCGCAGCCAGUUUAUCACUGUGGAAGUUGGCUGAGCUCGCAGCUACGUGUGUGGCUCCUUUCUUUCGGCAACUAUAUGAUUCUGGUGAACUUGAUGAUCUUGAUGAGUUCCUUAUUGAUAUGAUACGUUCUGCUUCUGUUCAAUAUUCUCAAGAGGGACAUAUUAAUUAGGUGAUUUGAAUUACUGAAAAAGGUUGGAACUUGAUGAGUAACUUUGUUCAUUUCAUUUAGUUGGGAAGUUUUGAUGGUUUCCUUCCCAAAUGAGAAGCAAGAAGAGAGUAUAUAGCAAUAGUUUCAAGAGUAAAAACUGUGAAAUUGUUUGUUAUAGAUUUGUUGAGUAAAUUAUAUACUAGUC